GUCGCCUCUUGGCACAUUCGCACUCGAGCCCUGCCAGAAGUCAGUCAAGCAGCAUCCACGAAGCACAGUUAACGGCAACCAUCGAUAUUAAUAAUCAUAAUAAUAAUGAAACUUUACACCUUUGUGCUGUGCAUUGCAGUGGCUGCCGUUUCACAGGUGUUGGCCGCCAAUUUUCAGAUUCGCAACCACGAUGAUGCUGUUGCCGCACACGAGGAGUGCCGUGAAGAUUUCUAUGUGCCUGAUGACAUUUACGAGAAAUUCCUGAACUACGAGUUCCCCGAACAUCGUCGCACCAAAUGCUAUGUGAAGUGCUUUUUGGAGAAAAUGGGUCUGUUCACCGAUCGCAACGGCUUCAAUGAGAAGGCAAUCAUUGCGCAGUUCACAUCGAACAACUUCAAGGACUUGGAGCCAGUCCGUCACGGUUUGGAAAAGUGCAUCGAUCACAAUGAGGCCGAAUCGGACACUUGCACCUGGGCCAAUCGUGUCUUCUCCUGCUGGCUGCCCAUCAACCGUCAUGUGGUUCGCAAGAUCUAUACGCACGCUGAUCUAACAGCUGAUGCGCAGAUACUGGAGAAAUGCCUGCAUGAUCUGAGCAGUCCGGAGCGCAUCAACACCGAUCUCAAGAAGCUGGAGCGCUAUGGCGAGUGGACGAGCGAAGAGGUGCCGUGCCUGAUGCACUGUCUGGCCAGCGCAAAGGGCUGGUUCGACGCCGAGGCGAACAAGUGGCACAAGCAGCGGUUGGCUGACGAGUUGGGUGCUGACAUUUAUAACUAUUGCCACUACGAGUUGCAUCGCAAAUCGCGCAACGGCUGCAGCUAUGCGUAUCGUGGACUGCGCUGUCUGAAGCAGGCCGAGUUGCACGCUGGCACAAGCAUCGCUACGUUGCUGCGCUGCACCAGCAAACUGAAUGCCACCAAUGUGGAGCUGCUUCAGUACAGCAAACUGAAGCCAAGGGAAUCGAUACCGUGCUUGUUUCAAUGCUUCGCCGAUGCUUUGCAUUUCUAUGACGAUGCGGGCAACUGGCAGUUGCAGAAUUGGCAACAGGCUUUUGGACCCAGUCGACAGGAUCAGCAGCCGGACUACAAUGGCUGCCGUUUGAGUCAGGAGCAGCGCAACCAAGCGCCCAAUAAGUGUGCCUGGAUGUACGACGAAUAUCUGUGCUGGGAGCAACAUAAUGGCAAUCUGCGCAUGGAGACAUCAACUUCCACGACAACAACAACAACGGCAAAGCCGAAUUAGUUUAGGUGACCAUCAAACAUU